AUGGAUGGAUUCGAGGUCGCAUACACUUUAGAUAAUGAACAACAAUUCUGGGAUGAAAUCGAUGACAUCGUUUCCGCGAAAUGUGCCUCGCAUCAAUUAAUUGAUAAUGCAUUGCGAUCCUACCUACAAUUCACAACCAACUUUAAAGAGGAAUAUCUGCAAUCAGAGUUCGACGUCGCAAAAUGCUUGCACAAGUUAAUGCAGAGCGAACUGUUCGCGGCGAAUAAGGACUACGUGAGGACGCAGAUUGUCUAUAGUCUUAUGCAGGAGGACAUACCAGCUACCCUGCAUGUGAUAGCGAGCUUUCUACUAUUCGACGGACGUCAGAAUGAAGCAACUUUCGAGAUGAUGAACAAGGAGGGUUGUUUCCCAAGAUUAUUGGAAUUGGUUAAGAAAGGGAACAGCGAUGAUCCAACUUUGCAUAGACUACUAUUGGAACUUUUGUACGAGAUGUCAAGGAUGCAAAGAAUCAGUUUCGAGGACUUAGGUCAGGUAGAUGAUGAGUUUGUCGCAUGUCUCUUUCAAAUAAUUGAAGAGCUAUCAGAUGAUGUUGAUGAUCCUUAUCAUUACCCUGUCAUUCGGGUUUUGCUAGUCUUGAAUGAACAAUAUAUGGUUGCUUCUACGUCAACGUUAGAUCCAUCACAUUCUCUAACAAAUCGAGUUGUUAAAAUUCUCAGCCACAAAGGGUCAUCAUAUAUGACCUUUGGGGAGAAUAUCAUUCUUCUACUCAACCGCGAAACUGAAACCUCUCUACAACUUCUGAUACUCAAGCUUUUAUAUUUAUUGUUUACUACAAAGGCUACCUACGAAUACUUCUACACAAAUGAUCUCCGCGUCCUCUUAGAUGUUAUAAUUCGUAACCUUCUCGAUCUCCCUAAUGAGUUUGUUUCUCUUCGUCACACAUAUCUUCGAGUCCUCUACCCAUUACUUGCACAUACACAAUUACAACAGCCACCCCACUACAAGAAAGAUGAAGUAGUAAAAGUUCUAAGCAUUCUUGGUGGAUCAGGUAAUGCACAUUGGGAGCCAGCAGACGAGACCACGAUACGACUCGUCGAGCGAGUAGCCAAAGUUCCCUGGCUCCGAGAUGAUGACAUCAGCGAAGGCGAAGUAGCACGGAAACUUCUCGGUAUGAGUCUUUCACCGUCACAAACUGGAAGCUCGGUAAGUGUUUCGGAUGUGGCUGCUGUCACAGAAAAACGCGGUGUCCAAACACCAAGUCGGAAAGCAGGAAGUGAAAGCACCGCACAUGAUCACGAUGCGCCAGUGAUGGCAACCUCAGACGAACUUCAGAGGAAGAAACGUGCGCUGCCUCCACUUCCACCGACGGUUAGAGCAAGUAAUUUGCAGAAAAAGGUACCACCAAAGACACCCCCGAGGAGGAGAACGAGACUUAAGGCUAUGGUUACACUGCCACCUGAGGCGACAGAGGUUGAGUAA